UUAAGCUUUUUUCUUUUUUUUCCCUUAAUAGAUUCCAUACGACAUUUUAUUCUUUUUUUUUUUUUAAUAUUCAUAGGAAGAGAUCAAAUUGCACCACAACAACAAGGCCUUGCCCUUCUCCAUCCUGCUAUAGCAUCAACAGCAGAGGCCUCCUCCCCUUCCGCGAGCACCGAAAAUGAGGCGGGACAGUCGCGGCGGCGCUACCGCGGGGUGCGGCAGCGGCCGUGGGGGAAGUGGGCGGCGGAGAUACGCGACCCGCACAAGGCGGCGCGCGUGUGGCUCGGCACCUUCGACACCGCCGAGGGCGCGGCGCGCGCCUACGACGAAGCGGCCCUCCGGUUCCGCGGCAGCAGGGCCAAGCUCAACUUCCCGGAGAACGUCAGCCUCCGACCCCCUCGCCCUGCGCCGCUGCCGCAGCUCCACUACCCCGAAUCCUUCCCCCCCGCCACCCUCUUAGAGUCCCAGCCCUUCCCCACCAUUUACGCACCCCAAAACGACCCCUCCGGAGACUACUUGGAGUACUCUCGGCUUCUCCAAGGAGCAGGGGAGUACCAGAGGCUUUCUCCCACAGCGCUUUUGGACCAAGUAAUCUACUCUCAAUCAAACAUGGCUUCGUCGUCCUCGUCGACCAUGCUCGGGGGCUCCGUAUCUGUGGCUCCCUCUGUGUUAGCGUCCCCUUCGGGUGUCGCUGCCGCCGCUUCGACCUCCGCUGCUUCUUCGUCUUCGUCGUUUCCUCUUCUCUACGGCACAGGGGAAACAGAGCAGCAACUGGGUUACCUUCGCCCCCCCGGAAGUGCAGCUCCGGGGACUGGGGCGUCCCGCUAUUCGGCGCAGACUUGGCCCGGUCUCGGCCAGAAUCCGCCGCCGUCUUCGUCUGGAGAAUAGCGUCCAUGCAUAUUUUUCUCGCACGACUGUUUCAUUAGAGCUCUCUUAUUCUUUCCAAAUUAAUUUUCUCCUUUUUUUUUUUUGUUAUAUUUUAUUUGAUUUUUCGAAACUUAGAUUUUUAGGAUAACAAAAUAGGAGUUGAUUACAAAUAAUGGUCGUAUACGAUUGUGUUGACGAUACAUACUCUUUCUCUUUUUUUUCUUUAUUUUAUGUUUUUGAGAGUUAUGUGUUGCUGUAGCUUGUUUGAGUAAGGCAAUGGAUGUGGACUUCGGUUAAUGCACGGAAUGGUUUAUCCAAA